UCUGCUGCAUGCCUUGGAUACAUGCUCCUAAUCAGCUUACGAGCUUUCCUUGACCUACGCUUCUUUUCCUGACGUUGAUCUGACUAUGGCUGUCCUCAAAGUAAAAUUCACCAAAACUAGAAGGGACAAAUUGGCUCAGAUCUUAUGGAUCCUCAACUGGGUUUCUGUUGUGAGUGGGAUAAUUCUCUUCAGCCUUGGCCUCUUUCUGAAAAUAGAGAUCAAGAAACGCAACGAAGUGAUGGCAAAAGGGGACAUUAACUCUGUCCCCAACAUGUUGAUCUCUGUAGGGGUCAUAGCAUGUAUCAUCAACUUUCUGGGUGGCAAAAUCUGCUACGACUGCUCAGAUGCCAACAAGUUCUCUCGGUGGAAACUAGUUAUGCUCCCAUACAUCGUGUGUACCUUCUGUUUUACCUUCUGCAUCCUGGUGGGUGCUCUCAUGUGCUAUACCAUGAGGAACGAGCUGGAAGAGUCUCUCUAUCUGGGACUGAGGGAUGCUAUGAAGUUCUAUAAGGACACGGACAUACCUGGACGAUGCUUCUUAAAGAAAACAGUGGAUCUGUUACAAAUUGGAUUCCAAUGCUGUGGAAACAAUGGCUUUAGAGACUGGUUUGAAAUUCAGUGGGUGUCUCCUCGUUAUCUGAAUAUGGCUUCCAAGGAAGUUCUGGACCGUCUAAAGAGCAACGUGGAUGGCAAGUUCUUGGUGGAUGGGGUACCCUUCAGCUGCUGCAACCCCAGCUCCCCGCGGCCCUGCAUCCAGUACCAGCUGACCAACAACAGCGCCCACUACAACUACGAUUUUCUGACGGAGGAGCUCAACAUCUGGGUGAAGGGGUGCAGAGAGGCCCUGCUGGAUCACUACACGGCCAUUAUGAGGUCCAUCGGCAUCGCGGCGUUGCUUAUUUGGUGGUUUGAGGUCUCUGUGCUUAUCGGUGUCCGGUACCUGCAAACAGCAAUGAAGAAUGUCCUUCUGCUGGGAGAUCUGGAGGGCGAGUCCGACGGUUGGUUACUAGAAAACAGCUUUGUGGAAACUGCCAAAUACAACAUCAAUAUCAUUAAGAACCUCGGCAAAGCCAAUCAGAUCUCCACCGUCUCAGGCAUGAACGACCCCAACAUUGACGUUCAAAGCACAAACUGUGGCAAAACCAAUGUUACAACAAAAUCCAUCCCAGCAGCCAGCUAGGUAAGUCCUCCAAGGAGGGACAUCACACGUGUAGCUUUGACAUAUUACUGUCACCAGAUUUUUCACUGAUGGGGGAAAAAACAGGUGGUGAACCCAAUAAGACAACUGAACAGAGCACGGACUGGUGACAGCUCCAAAAAUGUUGGUAUUUCUUUGACUGGGCGCAUUUUUACUCAUUCUUUUGAAAUCGCUGAUUUUCACUCCUGCACAAAACCAACUUUUGGAAUUUUAUUUUCCUCUCUUUUUCUCCCUUGCUUACAGACUUCUAUCAUGGUCCAAAUACAUCAGAAUAAUCAUUAUGCACGACCAAAUGUUCCAGAUAGGGGUACUCUACAUCUACUAACCUGCAGAUCGGUCUACUAUGUACCAACAGAGUCUGUCAUUGCAUCUGUAGAAAUCCCAGCAGCAGGGAAACCCCCAAAGGAAAUCCCCAAAGGAAAUCCCACCAGAUAAAGAGACCAAAAAAAAGACAAAACCUGUGAAAUGAAAACUCUGUUAGUCCAAGUUAGGAUAGAGGAAGUUUUUGCCCAAUUAUACAUAUUUUCCAGCCCUUCUAACAGAACCUACCAGCCAGGUGAAACUAGGUUGGAGACAAUGAAAGUAACAUAAUGUGUUUAACUUUUUUUUUUUCCCAAAAUAGUGUGAAUUAUCUCCUAAUUUUUCCCCGCUCCGUAGUUCAGAGAAAGCUGCCAAACCUCCCUGAAGGUCCAUGGCUACUGCUGAAAGGAGUUCUGGGCUCAAGAAAACUAACUGAUAGCUCAUACCAGGAUAUCUGAAAUUUCAAGUAGCACGUGACAGCACAAGUUUUAAUGCAAGCAGAUACUUGCUGUGAAACUAAUAUUGACGAUCCUAGGUGCUGUAGAGCUCCUCAUUUCCAAAGCACUUACACAGAUCCAGGGGGUGGAAGAUAGGGAUUGUUUGGAACCGAUGAAGACAAAGAUCAAUGGAUCUCCCAUCACAUUCCUGGUACAGUGCUCAGGAACGUUGUCAAUGCUUGGAGUAAAAGCCUUCUGCAGCCAAGACACUUGUAGUUACCGAUACAGAAUAAAGGAUAAAAGACCAAAUGAAGUAUUUUACUUGUUACUGUUGUGAAUACUACAUUGUUUGACCGUAACUCUGGAUGGUUUGUGCAUUCUUCGUGCAUAAUCAAGUAAAAGAAGUUCUAUCACUGGGAUAUUCAAAGCAGAACUAUUCCUGCUUUUGAAAUUGCAUGAAAGUAACAGUAAGAAUUCAAAAUUCCUUCACCUGUCUAAACAAUGUUGUUUUCCAUAACACUAGAAUAAGCAAAAAUUCUACUGUAAGAAGAUACUGUAAAUAAAGUGUGUGAUGUAAAAACCUAUACUGUAAUUCAAGCAGGUUAUAGACACAAUCGUUAUUUUAAAUGCAAUUGCUUCACUGCUUAAAACUUUAGGCAUAUCCUUAAGUAUGUUAAAAAUAAAAAAGGACAGGUGGGAUCUGUCUACAGCAGCAGCUUGUAGCGGGUGUUUUGCAAAAGGCACAUAAGACGCCUUUAAAACAGAUCAUUAAAAAAUAGUUUUUCCUGGAAUCCUCCUGCUUCCAGGAAACAGCAGUUUGGGACUUGGUCUGAC